AGAGCUCUGCAGUAACUCCAUUCACACCAGGCUCACAAACAGAAUCACAAGACACCCAAAGUCAGGUAUAUAACUCACAGAUGUAACCUGUGAGUAUAUCACUGCUGCAAUGAGCAAGACCUUUCUCCCAUCUUCUUGAUUUCUCACACCAGCUUGUUGAGGCCACUUCUCUGAUGUGCUGCAUUUACCAUGGAAGCCUUACCAGCAGCUUUAUUCCCUUAUUCUUUUAUACAGCCUUACACAAAGGUAACAAGUUCGAGGAUAAACUAUGGAAGGCUAAAGCUAUCAGGAACAGACAAGCAAAGCCUGCAGUUGAAUAGGAGUGUCCUGCUGUUCCAAUUACAAAUUAAAAUAAAUUGCCCAGUUCUUUUCUAGGAAAUUUAAACUCUUAAUAAGAUUAUCUGUGAUGAAAAGAACAACAACUGACAAACAAGAAAACUCUCUGGCUCUCAGUGCAACUUAAAUGAUUCUCCCUCCAGUCUGCAAGUCUACAGUUUCUGGAUUCACAAGAUUUUACUCCAUUUAAUCACUGCUCACACUUUCCAUCACAGAACCUGGAUAUCAUUAUGUAUUUAGGACUAAGGGCCGCCGUCUGUUUUAUUCCAUAAUCUCUUUGCUUUCCCUCACUGAGUGUUUUUCAAACAAAACUCAUUAAACAAAGUACUCCUUUAUUCUCGGGUAGAUGGAACUAAGAGAGGGAACAAACAGCAGUAAUGCACUUGCUGUGGAGAACAGAAAAAAAACAACAUUCCAAGAAAUUUUGUUAAUACAUGCCAAUGCAGUUUUAUAUGAGAAGGGAUAGCUGCAUUCAAGAGAAACUGCAUUUACCAGGACAUCUACAGUGAAGAAAACAUCUCAGACCUCACGACCAGCAGCGGCCACAGCUUGGCUACGAAGCUCCCAGUUACUCAUUCCCACGAGAGAAAAGGCAGACAAAAGGUGACAGAACCAUCAUGGCAUCAGCAAGCCUGCAGUUCUUUGCUUUCAUUCUGGCUUUGUUUGGCGUUUUUGGAGAUAUCGCAGCCACCUUGCUCCCAAACUGGAAGGUAAACGCAGACGUUGGCUCAAACAUCAUAACAGCUAUCACACAGAUGCAAGGGCUUUGGAUGGACUGCACAUGGUACAGCACCGGGAUGUUCAGCUGCACCCUGAAAUACUCCAUUCUCUCUCUCCCUGUCUACAUCCAGGCUGCACGGAGCACCAUGGUACUGUCGUGUAUCCUGUCAGCCUUUGGGAUCUGCAUCACUACGGUCGGAAUGAAAUGCACAAGGCUGGGAGGGGACACCGACAGCAAAAAUAACGCUUGUUUUGCUGGAGGAAUCUGCUUCAUUCUUGCAGGAAUCUUUGGAUUAGUACCAACGUGCUGGUACAUGAGAGAAAUUAUUUCAAAUUUCCUGGACCAGACCAUUCCAGAGAGUAGUAAACAUGAACCCGGAGGAGCAGUUUAUACUGGAUUCAUCUCAGCAGGGUUUCUGCUUAUCGCAGGUGUGAUCUUCUGCUCUUCCUGUUUUAAAAGGCAGCAAGAAGCAUGGAUUUACCCUCCAAAGCAGCACCAUUUCCCAUCCACAGAGCAGGAGAGCAAUGCAGGUUACAGCCUGAAGGACUAUGUAUAAAUAGCUAUUUCUAUCCAUUGAAGUAUUUCUAUUCAUUUGAGGGGUUUUUUUGUGUGUUAAGUGUAGUUUGGUUAUUUCAACAAAUGUGUAACAUAGCACUUAAUCUUUCUUGUAUCUGGGCUGCAGUUAUGCUUAUGCAAGGUAUUUCAUUUAUAGGGGCAUCCACAAAAAGGAAGGAGUAGUAAAAGAUACUUGUCUGCUACAAGAGUACUUUAUUUUGUUGAUUUUUCAAACCCUUCUUUCUGACUUCACAACUUCUUCACAAGUUACACUUAUUGAAGAACAAGGAACUAUUUUAAAAACAUAAUUGACUGUACAAUUUAUACAUCAAUAUCUUGUCACAGCAAAGAUGAUUAAAACCUGCUUUCUGUUUAGUCAAUCAGACUUUCAAUAACAUAAGACGUUUUAUAGUGUAUUCUACAGUUUUAUCUUGAUUUUAUUUAUGAUGCAAGGAAUAAAACCCAGAAAGUAUUUG